AACAAAACAAUUUUCGUUCCGGCCAAGCGGCUCUCCGUAAAAUUUCAAAGGUUUCCCUCGACAUCCCGUGUUAGAUUCUGAGCCUGCGUCCACAAAACUUGCGCAGCUCACUCGAUGAGUUAACUCGGGAUGGAUCACGACGGCGAACCGGCAGCGGAGGCCGGUUUCUCCCGGCAACGGAAGCAAACGUCGGACCCGCUUUGCUGUCCGAUUUGCGGCGUAACGCUGCGGUCCAGCGAGAUCGAUCAGCACUUUGCGCUGGAGGUGGACCGGUUGGACAAGAUUUUGAAGCCGAAGCAGAAUUUGUCGGGCCAGUGUUUUGGGGGUGGACCGUCGUCGUCGGUGGCGGUGGUUCCGGGAACUAGCAGUGGGUUGUCGAAUGGACACGCCGAGAAUGGGGAAUCGUCGACGGUGGUCAAUCCGGAUGAGUGCUGGGGGACGUAUCAGAAGAUUAAGAACAACAGACAGGCCAGGUUGAAGAUGAAAUCUCGCAAGCGCAAACCCGAGGACAACAUCUGUCCAAUUUGUAAUAAAACGGUUCUGGAAGAACUAACUGUCCACGUGGACGCUUGCCUCCGCAAGUCCGAGACAAAUGGAAGCAACGGUGGGACCACUUCCAGAGGAACCGAUUCCGACGAUGACGACGCCAGCAUCGACGUCGAGGGCGGCGAAAACUUCGAAGUCUACGAAUGGGCUGGCCAAACCCGCGUCCGCACGACCAGUUCCCUGCACCAGAGUGGUUCCUUCGCAAGCACCACGGUCCGCGUGACGAACGCCGACGACACGGACGACGAGCUGAACGUGGACGGGGACGAAACGCAAAUCUAUGGUCCACCACAAUACUCCGAGCGGGACAUAAUCUACCCGAUCGCGGAAAACCGGUACAAAGAUUCGUACCUGCGCGGCCUAGUCAUGGCCAACGAACCGGCUUCGCUCCAACGGCGCUCGGACAAUUCCGCCGCCGGAGAAGGUUCCAGCCGAGCCCACCAACCCCUUCAGCAGCAGCAGCAGCCAACGCCACCCCGCGCCGAAAAUGGUCAACACGCCGACCAGAUCAUCGAAUCGCUCAAAUCGAAGGUCCGCGAGUACGAGGGCUUCAUCCAGAACCGGCCCAAGUGUCUCAUCUGUAUGGACGACUUCCGCAAACCGGUGGUAAGUAUCUGCUGCUGGCACGUUUACUGCGAAGAGUGCUGGCUGCACACGCUCGGCGCAAAAAAGCUCUGCCCCCAGUGCAGUAUGAUUACGUCGCCGACGGAUCUGAGACGGAUUUAUCUCUAAAAACACGCAACAACACGCGCGCAAAACAGUGAUUCUCGAAUACAGGUUCAAAAUCGUUUAAUGCGGAUAAAGGUUAAAACUAGCAAACACACACACACGCAAGACAAUAAUCUCCCCCUUUAAAAAGUAUGUGACAAUGAUGAUAAUAUGGAAAGCAGCAUGAAUAAUUCACCUACCAGCCAACAUUCCAUCGUGAAAUCGUUUAUGUUUUGUAUAUCGGAUGUUCUACAAAAGUCUACAUUUUUGCUCCAAUUCGGACGUAUUUUGUGUAUUUUUUAAUUAUUUAAAUAAACUUUUAUAUGUACCCAAA